GUACCUGGACCAAGAUUUUUCCGAAGCAAGAAAUAUUAAAGAUAAAGCUGUUGAUGGUUUUCAAUUGGUUUUGCAACAAGACGCUCUUCAGCAAGAUGAUGUACUGCGAAUUUCUGCCAUCACACUGUUUACUCUAUACCACAUCAAGUGUGGCAGAGGUGUAGAUGACUUGGAGGAGUUUGACUGCAUCAGCAAGGCAGAGGAGGAGAGUUGGCAAUUAUGUCUUGAGUUUGCAGUAAAUCUGUUUGACGUUGCACUCACUCACAUCAAUGACAAUCCAGAGGACAUGAACAACACUACCUUACUGUACAUAAGUGUGUUUUGUCARUGGAUCASAGGGAAUUCAGCCACUGCAUGGAAAGAAGACAUUGUCAAGUCUGAAUUAAUUUGGGAAAAGUUUGCAACACUUCUUAAUCAUUUUUCAUCGACUGGACACCAAAUUGAGAAGUCAGAUGUCCCCAUUCUUGAGGACAGAGAGCUACAGUGUUUUAUUCCCCUAAACAGUUUUCAAAAAAAACUUAACUUUGCCAUAAAAAAAGCCAGGGUUGACAAUGAAGAUCAUUGUCGGAGAAGUCGUCUUCUUCAGUUUGGAAACAAUUUAUCAAAUCAUUCUCCAAGGCUGCUAUCCAAGAUAGAUGAUGUUUUGACUGGAAUUGCUAAAUUCUCCCUUCAUACAGAGACCAAUUCUACUGAAAAUCAGGUCCACAGUUUCCAGGAAAGACCCCAAAAGUUUGUAAGAGGUUUUGGAGUUGAAUCUGUAGCACCACAAGGACCACAAGCCCCUACUCUUACUGCCUCAGCAUUCCUUCCACAGAAGUCUCCAUCACCUACACCGUUCACCGAGACAAGUUCUCUAUUCAAUAAUACCCAUGGUGCAAUUGGAGGUCCUGUUGAAAGACCAUCAUUCCUAGCAACACCACAGGUAGCCCAGUACUCUUUAUUUCAAUCUGGAUGGAAGGCGCCACUGACAUCUGCCUUUGGUUCRACUGGUAAGUUUUYWUUUCKUURGAUUACCUGUGGACACAGGAAGCCCAUUUUWUCAUUUUUGUAAAUCUAUUGUUUUCGGCAGGAUCYUCRCAGUCAUCUCCUAUAGAAAGACCACCAAAYGAACUAUCACCAAUAGGGCAACCACUUGUAAACCAAGGACCGUUAUCCAUCACACCAGGAGAGUACCAACCUCCAAACAGCACCAUUCCAACAUUUCAGAGUGCCUCUAGGCCCCAGGGCUUUUCUACCCCAUCACCAGGACCACUCGAUGGAUUUGGGUUGAGUGAGAACUGGGGAUCUGGUGUCUGGGGGCCAUCUAAGACCAGUAGUAGCUCAGUGGUCGCAGUGCAUGCACCACCACAGCAAGUCCAGUCAAUGUGGAGUCAAGAUCUAUCUCCUGGCCAAGGCUUAUCGCCACUUCAGCAGCUUCUCCACGACCAACAGAAUCGAAAAGACCACAACGGCACGUGACUGACAUGAGGGUUUCACGUGAUAAGAACGUGAUCUAUUGAAAUGAUGGCAAGAUUUUGCUUUACUGUGCACACGAGAUUCCCUCGUGACAGGAUAGUUAAAUUGUGCGUUUAUGCAUGCAUUGCAUGAUGGGACUAGUUACCAAUCCCUCUCUGAACUUGAACCGAGGCUACAUGUAAUUUUAACAGUUGGAAGUCGUUUUCCUUAUCUUUCCAUCUUGAAUUCACUAAAAAGAGCAUUAACUUUUUUGUAAAUUAAAGGAAGAAACUUUGAACCAACAAGCCGAGAAAUAAAACUUCAUGAAAACAU